AUGGUUUAUCCUCAACUAGUACAGGGAAAGAUUUACACUUUCAUUCCUGACUCAGAGAUCCAUCAUUUGGGUAUAACUCUCGAUGACAACAUUGAAGAGAUUGUGCGUAAGCACAUGGUUAUCUGUCUUGGUAUUGUGCGCAGUAGACCUAACUACGUGAAAGUGAUGACGAUUACCUCGACCGUUAAAAACAAUCACGAAUAUGUGCCUAUAGCCCCCACACCCAAAAAACCAUAUCCUAUACAAAUCCAACUCCGCAACAGCUCGGGCUAUUCUCGUGGACAGUGGGUACGUCGCUUCACUGCACUGCGUCUAGACUCGUAUCUCAAAAUCGAUGCCUGCUACGAGGUUCCCAUUCAAGCCCUUGAGCAGGUUUUUGAUUGCUACGGAAAUCCAUUGUCUAUCCGACCUGGACGCGGCGCGGGAGGAUUACCGCAACUAAAUGAUUACAUUCGACGUCGUGAUAGCAUCCGCGAGAUGGAAAUGACAUAUCGCGACGUGGAGAAGCAAGAUGAAUUAUUUGAAGCGAUGGAGAAUUUGAAUUUGAGCGAUGGCUGA